CAUUCAUAGUACAGAGGGAGGCACUGAGAGAGAGAGGCAGCAAAUGAGCAAGAGAGAGAGAGUCAGAGAGGAAGUCUCUCUUCCUCCCUCAUCAGUGGAGGAUCUCACACUUCAGCUCUUCAGACCGAGUGAUCAAACAUGACGGAAAUGUGAAAGUAAGAUGUUGAGUCCGUCGAGUCCAGCCCAGAAGAGCCUCUGUGAAGAGGACGGCAGCUCUGGAUCUGAUGCAGGGUCGGAGGCUGGUCUGGAACCUGAGACAGACCGGUUUGGCUUCAUUGUGACCAAUGGAUCCACAGCUGGGAGUGUGGGCCCGCCCCCUGAGCUGGUCAGGCAGAGGGAGGCCAAAUGGAUCAACAUCAUGCUCCAGUGGGAUCGCAUCUUGCUGAAGAAGACCAGUAAGGUCAAAGUUCAGUGUCAGAAAGGCAUCCCGGCCUCACUCAAAGCAAAGUGCUGGCCUCUGCUGUGUGGAGCAUCUGACAGGAUGAAGCAAAAUGAAAACCUCUACAAGUCUCUGGACGAGCAGCCGGCUCUGCAGAGCUGGGUGGAUGUGAUCGAGAGAGACCUGGACCGACAGUUCCCUUUCCAUGAAAUGUUCCUUUCCAAGGACGGACAUGGGCAGCGUGGUUUGUUCCGGGUGUUGAAAGCCUACACCCAGUAUCAACCAGAAGAGGGUUACUGCCAGGCCCAGGGGCCGGUGGCUGCAGUGCUGCUGAUGAACAUGCCAGCUGAGGAGGCCUUCUGGUGUCUGGUGCAGAUCAGUGAGCAGUACCUGCCUGGAUACUACAGCCCUCUGCUGGAGGGAGUCCUGUUCGACGCUGCCAUGCUGACCUGGGUCUUGAAAAGGACGUGUAACGCUGCAUACAAACACCUGCAGCACCACGGGGUGGAGCCCCUCAUGUUCGCCACUGACUGGCUGAUGUGCCUCUUCACACGUCACCUGCCCUUCAACACACUGCUGCGGGUCUGGGACCUCUUCUUCUGCUAUGGGGUGCGGGUGCUGCUCCAGGUGGCGGUGGUGCUGGUGCGUCGGGUGCUUGGCCGGGCUGAUCAGAGGAAGCGGUGUCAGGGUCAGAUGGAGACUCUGGAGAGGCUGAGGGGCGUCAGGGAGCAUGUCCAAGAUGACGAGGACGCCUUCAUCGCCGAAGUGUGCUCAGUGCCGCUGUCAGCCAAAGAUCUGGAGAAGCAGACGGAGAAGGAGUUAGAAAAGUGGAGGAAAGACAGACCCUCAUCCACUUUUGACCCUAGAGGUCGUUGCCUGGGAUACCGGAUGGCUUGGGCGAGGGCUCGGCGGCACGAGGAAGAACGGGACAGGAAAGAGAGAGAGAAGGGGAACUUGUCCGUCCCUAUCGCUCGCUCAGCAUCCACUCUCUCGCUGUCUCCCUCCAUGCUUCGCAACAAGUGGAAGAAAGGGGGAAAGGCCAACGCAGGCGAAUGGGAAGGCAGCGGCGGCGGCAGCAAAGUUGUAAGGCAUCUCUCAAUGGGAGCGAAGGAAGACUUCAGGAGCUGGGCUGAUACAAAUUUUAAGAAGGUGCAGGGCGUUCAGGAGGAGGAGGACAUAUUUUUUGAGGAACAGCAAAAAGAGAGUGAGACGAAAUCGACGGGACAAACUGAACAAAAGGAAUCUAAGAAGAUGGACGACAUUCAAAAGACACCAACAGAGCAGGUAGAAGAAACAGUCACUGUGACAGAACAGAUUGAACAAGCGGAAUCAAGUGUCACUGAAGACAAGGGGGGUGAACUGAAAGAGACUGAGGAAAGCAAAGAAACAAAUGUGGAGGCAGAACAAACCACAAGUCAAGCCCAAGAUCAGACUUUAGAAAAUAUUCCCCGGCAGGGAGAGGAGCUGGACUCCUGUAAGCACUCACAAAAUCUGGAACAACAGAGUCAAGAAGACACUGACCAGGAAACUGAAGUCAAAGAUGAAAAUAAAGAGCCAGAGCACGAGGCAGAGAGUGACCACAUGGCUGCUAUGGACAAAAAUCAGAUGGAGAUGCAGAAAGAUGCUGAUGCAAACGCAGAGGUGGAGACGGAGGGAAGCGUAGACCCAAGUGAGGAACAGAUGAUUGAGACUGAGAGCACAGAAACUGAAACUGUGCAACAGGUGGACACAGUCACAGAAGUCUCUGCAACAACUGAGACAAGUCCAGGUUCAGACACAGGCGGCGAAAGCGAAGCUCCAACUGUCAAAGAUCCUUCAGAGACAGAGACAGGGACGCACCAGCAGCAGCAGGAAAUGAUCACAGAGACAGACAAUAGCUCGCAGAGAGACGCAUUUGAUGGAAAAUACCACAGCACUGAGUCAUUAGCAGAAACAGACAUGAAAGAAGAACCCCACACCCAAACAGAGACAGAAACUGAAGAACUGGCACAGACUCCAGAGAAGGUGGAGGAAGGCCAGGCCGCACAUUCGGAGGCUGAAAGAGUAGAACUAGAGUCGGAACAGCACAGAGAUUCACUGAAAGAAGCAGAGACAUUAAUUCAGUGUUCACCUGAAUGCACCCAACCCGAGGGAGAUUUAGAAGCUGAUGCAGAGACUGCGGCAGAAACGCCAAUUUCAAACGAUACAGAGAUGGAGGCAGGUGAAGCACCUGCUCAGUAUUCAGAGGAAGAGUGUGAAGCAGAAGCAUCUGAGCCUUCACAGGAGAAAGAAACACACUCAGAUGUUGAGAAUGAUCAAACACAAGCAGAGGAAACACCAACGGAAACUACUGACUCCAUGGCACUCCCACAAAAGGAGGCGUCUUCAGCUGAGACGGAAGAAGUGAAUCUCACCGCUGAGCCUGAUGGGAGCUCAGGGGAAGUGAGCACAACGGAAGAAACCCCACCUGAGAAACCGAAGGUCCAGGCAGCGGAGGGUGCUGUGGAGGAGGAAGUACGCACAGAAAAUGUUCAACAAAACACAGAAAUGGAGGACGACGUCUUCAUUUCUACCGAAGCAAGGGACUCAAACAAUACUGACAGAAACCCUCAACUCCAGGAAAAAGAGGCUCCACCUGUGAAAGACCAGACUGAGCUGGGUGACAGCAGCCUGACACAAGCCUCACAGGGGUCUCGCAGCAGCCGCUCUUCUGGAGACGUCUGCAUCCGCAAGUCAUCCAGUUCUCGUGGGUCCAAGUUAGGACGUAGGCUUUCUGAAGACCUCUUUAUCAUGCCAGAGAAAACUAGCCAAUCAGAAUCCAUUCCUGAUCAGCCACAAGUCAAACUCACUGAAGUAAACCCAACCCAAACUCCGCUGUCCCUGUCUGAAGAGGGGACGGAGGUGCAGCAGGAGCCGCCCAAACGCUUCGGCCUCUUCCGCAGACUGAGAGGAGGAGAGCAGCCCAAGAAGGCGAAGGCAAAGGGCAAAAUGCAAGUCCCUAAAAUCCUGAUUCAGGACUUCAGUGACGUAACAGGGACAGUUGAGGAAGAGGCGGAGGAGAAACUGACCUCCAGGGAGAGGAGGAGGAGGCGGAGGGAGCGAGAGCGAAGGGAGAAGGAGGAGGAGAGGCUGAGGAAGAAGAGAGAGAAGGAGCUGGAAAAGGAGAGGAGGAAACCGCAGACGAGGGGGAAGAGUUUCCAGGUGCAAAAAGAGAAAGGGAGCAGUGAUGAGCCUCAUCCCGCAAAGUCUGGAACAAAGACGCUCAGAUAUUCAGCUUCUUUUUCUGAAUCUUACUUUUGACAAAACAUAUCUUUGUUAUUGCAUCUGGAGGGGUUUUACCGAGUGCUUCAGGCUUACUGGUUUGAGCCGAGAUCCUAAAUCUUUGUCCUACUUGAACUUUUUGACAUGUAAAUAAAUACAUAAUGUUUACAUACUUUUGAAAAAUAUGUUUCUUUUAUUUUAUUUGAGGAGCUGUGUUUUGUUGCAUCUUGAUUACAAACCGACUGGAAAAAAAAUAUACAGGAAGUGCUUAAUGUCCAGUUUCACAUAAUCCCAUAUUUUCAACUCCGCCAUUCACAUUCUAGUUCAGUAUAAAGUUUGAAUACACUCAAAGUAACCAUCCUGCUCUGUACGGCACAGUCUUUGCAGAUUUUUGCGCAUGUAAAAAAAAAUAGAUACACCAUACAAACACUUGUACAGGCCGGUGAAGAUGUAAAAAUAAGGGUUCAGGUGUCAAUAAAUGUUUAGUGCUGCAGCUGGCAUGUGUGUAACAGUAAUACAACAGACACACACGUUCAAGCCAGUCCAUCUCUCUCCCCUCCAUCAGUA